CAAGUCUCGCGAGAGCGCCGCUCGCAUUCCCGUGGUGCCCCGCGCGCCCUAGCAACGCGCCGUUGCUAAGGGCGGCCGCCAUGGCGGCGCCGCCGGGGCUCCAGGUUUUCUUCGUUCUCGUCCUCAUCCUCCUCCUCCUUCCGCCGCCGCAGCUCCGGGCAGAAGAGCCGGCAGCGGAGCCCGCAGACACGCGUGAUGGCGCACGGGUCCGCAGCGCGCCGGCCCCGAUCACGGACGUUGCCAGGCUGUGUGUGUGUGACCUGCUGGUGGCACAGUGUGAUGUCAACUGCUGCUGUGACCCCGACUGCAGUGCUGAGGACUUCAGCCUCUUCACCACCUGCUCGGUGCCUGUGGUCACAGGUGACAGCCAGCUGUGUAGUCAGAAAGCUGCUGUGUAUUCUCUUGAUGUUGAAGCAAAUCCACCAGAAAGGAUAUUUAAAUUAAUUGACCAAGUCAAUCCCAGUAUUUUCUGCAUUCAUUCUACAAACUAUAAACAAGCCCUAUAUUUCAAAUCCCCUGAAAUCCCAACUCCAGAAAAUUUUGAUCAGUUGCUUGAAAAAUUUGGAGGUGCUUCUUUCAGGGCUGAGCCUGACAGCUGGGAUUUGGAUACAGAUGCUCAAAAUCCCCCUGAGGCAAAUGAAACUUCCAGAUAUGAGUAUGGGGUUCCUGUGCAGACAGAGGAUGCAUUUCUAAGGCUGCCAAGUCCUGUUGUCACUUCUUGGUGCUCUGAUGCAAAUCCUGCAGGGUUUUUAGUAAACCAAGCCACAAAAUGCAUUAGAUCAGUAAGUGUGGAAAAAUGUGACAGCAUUCAAGCACUUAGCAUGUUGUUUUAUAUCAACUCCAGCAUUUUGGCAGUGCCCAAAUCAAGUCAGAUGGUGAAUAUUACUGUGCAGUCCAUAGUUGUGCAGUCUGUGAAUGGAAUGAGGACUUUACUGAGCAGCAGUGAUGUCCUGAGGCUGCCCAUGGUGUUGGAUGAUCUGUGCAUCAAUGCAGUUCUUGGGGUGAAUUAUCACAUUACCCACACAGACACGGGAGAAAUAAUAGAAGCAGCUGCUGCUUUUGUCUUGGGGGCAAUUAGCAAAGAAGAACUUUCAAUAGAGCAGAGCUUUGAAAUCAGCUUCACUCAGGAAAAUACACAGCCAGUUCCUCUCAGUGGCAAUCCUGGUUAUGUUGUAGGGCUGCCUGUCAGAGCAGGAUUCCAGCCUCAAGGAUCUGGCAUCAUUCAGAGUAGUAACAAACACAGCCAACUCACCAUUCUGCAGAGCACUUCCACCCAGGACUGCCUGGCAGCACAGGGAGCCAGAGCCCCAGUAUUAUUUGGUUAUAACAUGAUAUCAGGCUGUAAGUUACGAAUUACAGCAGCUAUGAAAUGCCAGCCUUUGGCUCAGACCCUCCUUGAUGUGCUGAAGGGCCAGAGCUUCCCUGAGUAUGUGGCCUCCUUUGGGAAUUCUCAAGCCCAGGAUGUGCUCGACUGGGUGCCAAUAACUCAGCUCCACAUCUCAGAACAGAGCUCAUGCCAAAUACCAGUGUCACUGGGAAUAGAAGUGAAGUGGACUAAAUAUGGAUCCCUGGUCAAUCCCCAAGCCAGGAUAGUGAAUGUUACAGCCACAAUCACUACCACCACACUGAAGCAGCCUCCCUCAGGAAGGGAAAGGAUUAUUCCUAUAACAAGUUCUGUGGUUUUCACUGACAUUUCUGCACCUGCAGAGCCAAGCUACAAAGCUUGGCCCACCAUUGACAUCAAGUUACCCUUUGACUUUUUCUAUCCCUUUGUCUAAGUUCUUUUAAUACAUGGAUUUAUGAGCUGUGGAAACAAAGAACUUUGCAGCCCCAAGGGCUGUGAAGGAACAGUGAAAAGGGAAGAAGAGAUGAGGGAAUUCAGAACUGGGAUCUGCUGCUGGAACAAGGCAUUGUUUGAUGUAAGAUGGCACAUGUUUGCCUCUAUUUUGGGGCUGAUUUCUUUGUCAGGGAAAGGAGUGGUGUGUUGGUGUUUCUGAAAUGAAUGUUAUAUAAAUAACAAAGUGGCACAAGCAGCAACAGAAAUGAGGAAACUACCAACAGUAUGAAAAGAAUGGCUGGCAAAGAGAUGUAUUGAUGAUGAACAGGCAGCUGGUGGAGAAGAAAUUACCUUUUCAGCUUGGGUUCUUAUCAUUUAUACUGCAAGUUUGUUGCAAACAAAGAAUGGUACUUUUCUGGAUGUAUAGCUUGUAAAGAUAUGUUUUUAUUAAAUUAUUUUGCAGACUGUACAACUGUACAAGAAAGGAAAAAAAUACUGUUUACAGGG